AUGAGCCCUCGCUCCAAUGACGCUAAUCAAUCAUCCUCGUCAAAGCAGAAAAAGAAAAACAACAGCAGCACCAACAACAGUAACGACGGCGGCCCAGCUUCCUCACCCGCCGUCUCCACUCUAGACUCGCCUUCACCCACCCCAGACCUCAUCGCAGACUCUGAGCCGGUUGAAACCCAGAGUCAGCCUUCACUUCUUUCUGCUCCCGCCCUCGCUCUAGGUCACGAUGAUGGCGCGCCACCUUCCGCCUCAGCUUCGGCAGCUCCUCGUGUAUUUGUAGCAUCCACGCUCAAACCCGUGUCUGCUAUCGAAUCGGUCACUUCCACCAUCUCGGCCAUCUCUCAGCACGCUAAUCGCGGCAUCUCGAACCUCAUCGCAGCUCACUCCAACACAAACAAUCCGCUAUCCCCUUCCGCAGCUCAUGCCACUCCUCUCCGCUCCGAUGGCUCCGUCUCGCCCAUCUACGACGCUUUCCACAACGCCGGUUCCUCCCCCGAUCCAAGCCAUAUCGAUGCUGCGCUUCACUCUGCGCAGCACUCGCAUCGCGCUGCUGCGCCUCGUCUGCUCUGGUCGCGAUGGGACCGCCUCCCUAUCAGAUCGAGCUCGGCCAAGAGCUCUCCCUUGCUCAUCUCGUACUUCGACGACGGCUCUCUUCAGGCGCUCCUGGUCCAACACCGGACCAUCUCGGAGCUGCUCUUUCUGCCGAGCGCAGCAGACACGCUUCUCGAUCGCUCCGGCUCCGGCUCCGGCUCCGGAUCCGCAUCCCCGGCUUCAACUGCCACCCUUCUCACCGCCUUUAUCCGACCUCCCACCGCAGACAUGAACGAUAUCAAGCUCCUUCUCGUCGUUCAGGAACCCGAUCAUGUCCCUUGCUUGCUCGUCUACUCGCUCAUAACUCACCACGUACAGGCUUCUGUGCAGCUUGAGCUUCCCUCUCGACCUCCACCCACAGUGUCGAGCCAAUUCGAUCAACGCCGCGACCUCGUCUGGCCCAAAGUCCAAAUUCAGUGCAACCAACACUUCGUCGUGCUCUCCUUUGCUGCUCCGGCCGCAAUUCAUGUGCUGUCGACAACAAGUCUCCAAUACGUGCGCCCUCCCAUUCUCGACGUCUCGUCUGUUUCGACCGAUCGCGCCCCGCCUAUUUCUCUGUCCCACCGCCUGCUUGCUUUUGGCUGUUCAGCUUCCGAACACCUCUCGCCCAUAUGUUCCGACACGCGCAAAACCUCCGGCGCAGCGCACCGUGAUCCUUCGCGCCCCUCGACCGCCACGCACACCGUUGCUUCCGAUCGCGUCGGCGAAAUGCGCGACAACCUCUUUGACACCUCGGCGCACGUCGGUGACGCAGCUCGUCGCUUUCGCGGAGGCGUCGUCAACGGCGUCCGCACGCUUGGCGAAUGGGGAAGCUCCUACUGGCCUCAAGCUGCCAGUCCACCAGACGCCAAUACAUUCUCGCCGCCGCAGCCCAGUCUGCUCUCCCAAUCAGCUCCUCAUGCACCUGCCAACCUGCCACGCCACGCCUCUUCAGCCUCGAGCUCCCCCAUGCUUCUCGCAGACGACGGUGCGCGUAGCGCUAAGCGCUUGUCGACGGGCGGCGCAGCGGCUGUCGACGUUGAUGCCGGGCGUGGCUCAAGCUCUCUGCAAUCUGCUUGUGUUCGCGUAGUUGACCUAAGAUCCGACGCACGCACCAUCUGCACCUUUGCACCCUCCUAUCAUGCCGUCACCUUGGUCUCGUUCAGCCCUUGCGGACGAAUGCUCCUCACCGCUGAUGCGCUUGGCCACGCGUUUCAUGUAUUCGAGCUGCCGCUCUCGGGCACAUUUGGUAUCCCGGCAACUCCGUCCUCCAUGCCGGCCGUUCUCCAUCGGUACAAGCUGAUGCGUGGCAUCACAACGGCCGAUGUCGUCAAUGCACAGUGGUCUCCUGAUUCUCAGUGGAUCGCUGUUGGCACACACAGCGGGACCGUACAUGUCUACGCGGUCAAUCCGUUUGGCGGCGUUCCUUCCAUUGCCAAUCACGUGCAAGCAAAGAUCCGUAACCCUUUGGCGCUUCAGCCGUUCGGUCUCUCGCUAUCCAGCCUCGCGCGCUCCGCCCGGCCCUCGCUGCCUCAACAUUUGUCGCAGGAAGUCGCACUUCGACCGUCCAGCCGGACGGGUAAAGACUUCGACGCCUCCAAUCCGACCGACUCGCAGAUCACCCAUCCGCCUCCAUCUUUCAUGCUGCUCAACUCAACGUCGCGAGCUUCUCGCCACGACGCGGAUUCGAGCUUGCCUUUCGAACUGCUGACUGUCGACACACGCUCUGUCAGUGUGACGCUUCAUGCUAUCCGAUGCUGGAGCACACAGGCACAGGUGCACGGCCUCGGCAAGACAAGCGAAGAAGGGGUGGACUCGACACAUCGCCUUGAUGCUGCCACAUCGCCACGAACAUCCGGACUCUCUCAGAUGAUGAGAAAAGCCGGCCAGGGCAUCCUUCAUCAGCAGUCAGCUCCACGUCUGCACGCUGACUGCGUGCGAGUGGCCACGUGGGAGCACCUCGCUCCCCAAGCUGGAGCCGUCACUGAGCUCAACGUAGCCACGCUCGCGGAUUCCUCGGCCACAUCACGACUUCUGCUUCGAUCCCAGGAUUCGCUUGCAAAGCCCUUUGAAUCAGUAGCCAAAGCCGAGAUCGAGACCUACAGCCAAUCGCCUGCCAUGCUGCCGUCAUCUAUCUUCUUAUCUCGCCAGACGUUCUUCCAUGCCCGAAUGCGCAACGUCAAAGCCGCGUCUGCUUUGACGCCGGAAGCAGCGUCUCUGCGUAGUAUUCAGCGUCGCGGCUCGCGGCCGAUUCAGGUUCGUCGCACCGCACGCAUCGUCUCACGUGAGCCUUCAGCGGAAGAAAGCAGCUCGUUCGACGACAGCUUGGCGGGCGCGCUCAACCAGACAUCGUUCAGCCCCGAGCAACUGCGACCACGCAGCGCGUCAGCACAUAUCCCCAGCUUUCCACAGGGGCAGCGUGCCCGUUCGGCCGGAUGGACGACAGGCAGCAGCAUUCCCAUCCGCAUUGUGGCCGGUGGGCUAGGUGGCAUCUACCGCGCUGGUAAGGAGCUUGGACGUGGCGUCGACAUGGCCAGACGACGCACAGGUGCGACACCUGGAUCGGCAGCCGCACAAGGUGGCCCGGAUCCCCUGUCUCGGAACACGGCUUCGAUCUCGUUUGACGGCGAGGAAGAUGUGGAUCUGCUCGGCGAAGAUUUAGACUCGGACCGUUCGAGACGCCAUCGGUUUCGCAUAGACGGCAGCGAACGAAAUGCUGAAUCUGGAUCCAACCGCUCCGAUCUGUCGAUGCUCUCAGCGUUGCGCAACGAUCAACCAUUGCGAGGUUCACAGCCCAGCUCGGCCGAAACCCCCUCAACACGCUUCAGCGAGGCCGAAGACGCAGCAGCAGACCCUGACGAGUGUGACUGGGACGCCAUAGAGGCCAGCCGCAGCCCGACAGCCCCUGCAGCUCCGCUCUUCGAUGUGAUGGACGCAGGGCUUGGCGGCGUCGGCAAGGUCGAUCAGUCCAACGGCAGCAGCAGCGCAGACGACGAUUUCACCAUGGGCGUGUUCGAGGUGGAUUCGGACGACGUCACUGCUGAGCAGCCGAGACCAAGCCUUUCAACAACUCGGGAUGCAACAUCCAAGUUGAUCUCGACCAAGGAGCUGGUGUAUGCUCUCCCUGCCGGAGGGUCCACGCGAUCGAGUUUGUUAAGCCAGAGCAGUGGUUUGACAACCACAGCCGACAGCCGGACGGAAGCCAAGGGGGUACGUGACAGCAGUGCUUCGAACUCGGACGGCGGAGAUAGUGGGAGUCAGGCAAGCGCAGGCUCGGGCAUGCUCUGUGAAGGCAGCAAGGAGACGCACACUGGCGACAGUUCGCCAACAGCUCUCGUGACGGAGAGCAAUGCUGUGACUACAGAGACUGUGGCAGCGCCUGUGAUCAGCACGUCGGGUGGCGGGAAGAAGAAGAAGAAGAAAGGUGGACGCUGA